AUGGACAUGCAUGCAAUUAAUUUUAUUUCAUCUAGAGAUGCUGUUCGAAUCACUACUGCCAGUGUUCAUCUCGUAGAAGAUGUGUUGCACGGUCAAUUGCAUUUGAGAAUUUGCAUAGAACACUUCCGAAGAGGGUGUACAGCGAAACGUUUGGUUGUUGUGAAAGUUUACGCCCGAGUGUUAUCUACUGAUGUUAAAUACAAAACGCUAUCCAUUGUACCUCAGACAACCAGUAAGGAAAUUGUCCGAAUGUUGUUAAACAAGUUUCGGAUGAAACAUCGGGACCCAAAUCUGUAUUACUUGGCAAUGGAGGUGUGGAUAAGAAAAACAGGUUUGCCUAUCAGAACAGUUCUAAUGUUGGACGAUGAGGCUAGACCCGGUGAACUUCAAGCAUGCCAUCCGGGUGGAGAAUUCAGAUUUUUAUCGUCGAAUCCACCAGUGUGUAGGUUUAUGCUUCAGAUGAGGAGGGGCGGUUUAGUGAAGGUUUAUGAUAGCUGUUUAAUGACAGGGUCCCUGUACAAAAGUCUACUGGUGUCAGAUAAAACUACGACUGAAGAAUUAAUACAGCUUCUUCUGCACUGUUACAACUCUAAGGAAAGGCCGACCAAAUUUGCGUUGUUUGAGACAUCUUCCAUUCAAAAAUAUGAAAGAAAGCUUCAUCCACAAGACUACCCUCUUUUAAUUCAACAAGGUUGGCCCAGCCAAGAACAUUUUGCAUUUCUUCUACGUAGAAAUAUUGAUUGUUGCCAAAAACAAAAACUUUUCAAGAUGAGAAGUGAUAACGUUUCAGGAAGCAAGACAUUUGGGGUAUGCCUCAGAGAUGAAAUCAGCCAGUCAUCAUAUCACUCCAUGACACUGUUGCCUUCUGUCAGCAAUUAUGAAAAUUAUUUUUAUAUCUGAAAAUAAAUAUAUUGCUUCCUAAACUAGUCAGCUAUUUAUGAAUUUAGAAAACAUGCUUUUGCAAUUAACUACCACCUUUAUGUUUUAUGAAAGGAAAUUAUUAUUUUUUACUCUAUAUUUUAUGAAGCAGCUUCCGGUAGUAAAAUGUUCAUGAACACAUUGGUUUGAGUGUUUAAGUUGGAUUAAUAGAAAAAGCAUAAUUAUGUGAAUAAAGAAAAUUUAUUAUUAUAAAUUUUGAUAAGGGGAAAUUAUAUUUUGAACCAUCUUGGAGUCUUCUUGGUUUCUACUUCUGACAUUAUUUCUCUAGUUGCAUACUUCAGUUUUAAGAUCAGCUUAUGGUUGUUUGUUUGGAAUGUAAAUUUAAGCAGUAGCAUACAGUUUUUAUAAUAAACUUAUCAAAUUUGAGAAAAAAGUCUUGUCAUUUUCCCUGAUACAUUUUUCUGUUACAUGUAUUAGUAAGCUAGUAACAAAAGUUACUUAAGCCCACAAUAUAUUAUACAAACCUUAAAAAUUCUAUAAAAAAGGUGAUCCAAAUUUUCAAAUCUCUGUCAGUUUAUUUCUAUUAAAAGAAAAAAGCCUUGUCAUUUUGCUGUAUACAUUUUUGUGUUACAUGUAAGCUAGUAGCAAAAAUUACUCAAGCCUACAAUAUAUUAUAUAAACAUUAAGAGUUCUAUAAAAAAAGAUGGCCUGAAUUUCCAAAUCUCUGUCAGUUUAUUUUUAUUUGUAACCAUUUUAAUGUUGUGUAAAGUGGAAAUGGCUAGACAGGUUUAUACUUUUUCUCAUCUACUAAGGCUUCCAUUUUUACCUUUAUUGAGUUGAGCAGUUUUACAUUACCUUAUGCCCCCAGUGUCACAGCGAUAUGUCUGCAGGCUUACAACGCUAGAAACCGAGUUUCGAUACCCGUGGUGGGCAGAACACAGGUAGCCCUUGUGUAGCUUUGUGCAUAAUUAAAAACAAACAAACAUUACCUUAUUAGUAGAAGAUAUAAGUAUUAACAUUCAAACCAUCACUUUUUUCUUUUGUUUGUAUUUUCAACAGCUAUAAACCAAAGCAUAUUUUGGAAUAUUGAAUUGUAAAAAAUAUAUUUAUCAUGGGUAUAAUUGUAAAUUUUGUCUUCUGGUAGUUAUGUGUGUGGAUAUAAAUAUUUUUAAUCAACUUGAAUAUAUUAAAAAUAGUGUUGCUAAGACAGUGCAGUAUGGUAUAAAUAAUAUCAGUAAGGUACUAAAUUUAAGAUUUUAUUGCAUGUAUUAACUAACAAACUUCUCAUUCUUAUUACAAAAACUCGAGUCCUUAUGUGAAUGAAUCGUUUAUAUUGAAAUAUCUUUCAUUAAAGGAAUUUCACACAUUAAAAAUGGAUUUCAUGAUGCAGUGUUUCAGGGAGGAAAGUCUAUAAUGUCCAAUAAUCUAGUAUUAUUAAUUUUGGAUGUAUAUAAUAUUCCUAGAUGUCAUCCUCCCAUUAUGCUAUUAACAUGUAAAACACAAUUGUUUGAAAAUUAAGCUUUCAUUGAACACAAGAUAUUAGUGUAUAAAACUGAGCAUGUACAUAAAGAA